UAGGUUUCCAGCCCUUGGCCAUGUCGGGUUUUGUCAAAGAAGUUGGAGAGAUUCAAGACUACUUGGCAGCCCGCGGUGCAUCGGCGGCCGGUCUGCGAGAGCAGCAAUUUGCCGUGCUUUUGUCGCGCCUGGAGCGCAUGCGGCUCACACCACCAGAGGCGGCAGAAGCCCUGAGCAUCAUGCGCGCCUCAUCCCAAUGGACCGCCGAUCAGAUGGAGAAGUUUGGGGCUUCCCUGGACCGGUGUUUGCAGCACGCCAAGCCGGCGCGACGGCAGAUGCAGCAAUGCCUCAACUUCGGCCCAUACUUCUCGCGGAGGACUGAGGGUUUUGCGGGAGAUCGAUAG